AUAUUUUUGUCCACGAAUGUAUUUUAGAUACGAAAUUCAUGUUGCUGGUUCGAUCCUUGUAUAAUUGUUAGAAUAAUUGAUUUUAAAUUUCAAAAAACUUUAGUUAGUUCUUAUAAUUGCUAUCAAGUUUAGUGACAAGAUGCUGACCCUAAAAGACAGGCAGAUAAAUGCGAUUAAGCAAAUGCUAAACUUGAAUCAGCCUCAAACAAAAGUUUUAGCCGCGGAACCAGUUUGGAAACUUCUGAUCUAUGACCGCAUAGGACAGGAUAUUAUUUCACCUUUGAUCGCCAUCCGGGAGUUGCGUGAACUGGGUGUGACGUUACAUAUUCAAAUUCACUCGGAUCGAGACUCGAUUCCGGACGUGCCAGCAAUCUAUUUUUGUGCCCCUACCGAGGAGAACCUGGGCCGCAUAGCACAGGAUUUUCAGAACGGACUAUACGAUGUGUACCACUUGAACUUCAUUUCACCGAUUUCCCGGCAACGGUUGGAAGAUUUAGCCGCAGCCGCCUUGCAGGCCGGAUGUGUGGCCAAUAUACACAAGGUUUACGAUCAGUACGUAAAUUUCAUUACACUCGAGGACGACAUGUUCGUGCUGAAACAUCAGAACAGUGAUUUGCUGUCGUAUUACGCUAUUAACCGGGCAAAUACGCAAGAUUUCGAAAUGGAAGGUAUAAUGGACAGUAUAGUGGACAGUCUAUUUUCGGUAUUUGUAACACUUGGAAACGUUCCCAUUAUACGUUGUCCAAAAAACUCUGCUGCCGAAAUGGUGGCACGUAAAUUGGAGAAAAAAUUACGUGAAAAUCUGUGGGAUGCACGAAACAACCUAUUUCACAUGGAUGCAACUCAAACGGGGACAUUUAGCUUUCAGCGCCCGGUGUUGAUUUUGAUGGAUCGAAAUGUGGAUAUGGCCACGCCACUGCAUCACACGUGGACAUAUCAAGCUUUGGCUCAUGAUGUUUUGGAACUGUCUCUCAAUCGGGUGAUUGUGGAGGAGGACAGUGAAAAAGCGGCUUCCAGUGGGGCCAAAUCGAAGAUGAAGGCCUGUGAUCUGGAUUCAAAAGAUAAAUUCUGGAGUUCGCACAAAGGCAGUCCAUUUCCGAUGGUGGCCGAAGCGAUACAGGAAGAACUGGAACAGUACCGAUCUUCGGAAGAUGAAAUCAAAAAACUGAAAUCAACAAUGGGAAUCGAUGGUGAAACGGAUGUGGCAUUUUCGAUGGUUAAUGACAAUACGGCCAAGCUGACCAGUGCAGUAAAUUCGUUGCCACAGCUGAUGGAAAAGAAACGGUUAAUCGAUAUGCACACGAAAAUUGCGACGGCCGUUCUGAACUUCAUCAAAGCUCGGCGGUUGGAUUCUUUCUUCGAGUUAGAGGAAAAAAUUAUGUCCAAACAGGCGCUCGAUCGGGCAUUGGUCGAUGUACUGCGGGAUCCCGAGUUCGGAACGCCCGAAGACAAGAUGCGACUGUUCAUCAUCUACUACAUUUGCAGCAACGUGGUGGACGUCGAGUAUCAGAAGCUAGAGCAAGUGUUGAGGGAGUGUGGCUGCGAUCUGACUCCGAUGCCGUACGUACGAAGAUGGAAGAGUAUAAUGAAAAGCACAGUGACAAACCCUAACCAGUACGAAGGAAGUGGAACUAAAACGGUGUCCAUGUUUUCCAAGUUAGUGACUCAAGGAUCGUCGUUUGUGAUGGAAGGUGUCAAAAAUCUAGUCGUGAAACGACACAACCUUCCGGUCACGAAAAUUACCGAGCAGUUGAUGGAAUGCCGUGCCGGUGGCGAACUGGACGACUAUCUCUACUUGGAUCCGAAGUUGCUGAAGGGAGGUGACGUGUUGCCGAAAAAUCGAGCACCAUUCCAAGAUGCUGUCGUGUUCAUGGUCGGUGGUGGAAAUUAUAUCGAGUAUCAGAAUUUGGUAGAUUUCAUCAAAUCGAAACAAACUGCCGCCGGCAAUCGGAGGAUUAUUUACGGAGCGUCAACGUUGACAAACGCGAAACAGUUUCUGAAGCAACUAUCGUUGUUGGGUCAAGAGAUAGGGGGUGGUGCGUAACGGAUUGCUAGAUGCAUCGGGAUGUUUGUUGACGUUCGGAGGAGGUGGAUGGUUGGUUCACUGAGGUACUAGUAACUACUGCGACAGUUACACUUGUUAGCCUGUUUUUUUUUCGUAGCUAUUUAAUAGGUUAUGCAAUAAAUAUACGAUACUUUCCAGCUAUUUAGCAAAAGCGAUAAACAA